UGAUGGGAAGAGUCCGAUCGAGGAGCACUCGACGCGAAUAAUCUGCGAUGCUGUCAAAUUUUCCUCGCGAGAGCGUUGCCUAAAAUUGAACCAGAAGGAUGAGAAAAUGUCCUGAAAUUCGGUCGUUGGUUUCGCACUUGUCCGUCCUUAAAAGUCGAUGGAGUCGAGGGCCGCGCAUUGAAGACUCGGACGAUGUGAACCAACUGGUAACGACCCGAUCCGACCUUUCCCUUCCCCUUCGGCAAGGACGGUGCCUUCGGGAUCCCGGGACCAAAGACUUCUAGCGGUUAGAAUUGAUUCCUGCCGAAGAUCGCUUGAGAAGGCGGUGCUGGUCUCAAAAGGCGAAAGAAUCGACGCAUAAUUAACGAGGAGAGGGGCAGAGGGGGAUGCAUGUGAGCUGUCGAGGAUUCCAUGGAGCUCACUCACUACGUCCGCACACUCUUUACUCACGGCUCCGUCCCUCGCUCUCGAGAGUUAUGACGGAGAAGACCGUCGGAGGAAUUGAUGGCUCGGUUAGAACAUUCGCACCUUUUUUCGAAUUCUUGAGUCGCUCCAUGGCUCGUGCCCUAUCCUCCGCUCUGGAGUGAGGACGAGCGGUGGCAGAGAGCGUCCGUGCACGAGUUAUUGAGCGGACAGGGUGUCAGGGCAGUCCGAAAGGUUCGACAGCCAUCGAGUCCUGGAAGCCGGGAUGCGGUCGAACUCCCCCGUGGACUCCGAGUUCAUUGCGGCAUUGGCGGUGGGCCUUUUGACGAAAGCCUGGCUGCUUUCGUCGUGAAGAAUGGAGGAUUCCCACAAAGAGAUGGCAGAUUUUAUCAGCAGAAGCCGUGAGUCAAAUUGAGGGUGGCUAUUGGCCACGGAGAUUGUGGAAUUCGAGCAAUGGGGUGUUUUGGAUUUGUGUCUCACGUUCAAAAGUUUGUGCCAUGGAGAGUACGAGUUCGAGCUUCGAAACGGCCGUGCUAGAAAGCGGGGAAGCUUGAAGGCGGGGUCGAUUGCUUGCCCGUCUCUCGUUCGGUUGCAGGGCUCGGAUCACCAGAGUGUGACGAGAUGGCGUUGCGUCCGCUUCCACUGGACUCAUGCAUAGGGUUUGCGGGCAUGGUGCCGUGCAGCCUUUUGCUCAGUCCCGACAAGAGCAUGAUAAUUUAUCCCCUCGGCACUACGAUCGUCUUGCGCAAUCGAGUUCGUACACGACCCCAUUCUCUCUCUCUCUGUCUGUCUCAGUACGAUCACCCUCUAUAGUAAAGCUCACCUGUAAACUAUUCCAUGGAUGGAUGGCUCACGGAACAAGGCUCAUGUGGCGGAGACGAAGGGGUUUAUGGCCAUAAUUCUCCAUCAGUUCUUUCCAGUGGGUCCAUGACAAGAUAAAAAAAUUUAAGCUGCAAGCGAUCCCCGGAAUUGUCGACCAUGAGUGGAGUAAGAAACGAAAAACCGUGACUGGUUCAAGAGCAAUCUACUUUAGAACUGUGCGAACAAUUUAACGAACACAGUGCCGCCGGUUGUCAGAACCUCGAAUUAUGGGGCCGACCCUGCCUUUGCUCUGGUUUUUCUUUUCUAUUCUUCUCUUUGCAUACGAUUUCGUCAAGAUAUUCCGUAGAGUACAGUUCACGAGUACAUUUCGAUGGAAAGCCCGGGCAUACCUGCGUCUUGGAACCAGGAGGAUGGACGCACAUGGGGUUGACCAGUCGUCUCCUUCUCUGUCUCCACCAGACAAUGCUGGUUCCAGCACCGUAUCUCACGUCUGCGUGUUUGAGCGAUGUGACCUCGAUCUCACAUCGUCCUUUUGAGCAUUCACGAGACCGACUGUAGCGUGUGCUCAGACCGGAUAACAAGCAAUUGUUGUCAGAGCGGCUGGGCUGCACGAUUGCACCCUUGAGAUGCAAAGAUGUCCUCCUUUGGUGCGCGAGUUCCCUGGAUCUGCAUUUGGAAGAGGAAUCUGUCAAUGGGGCGAGUUCAGGACGAGGACGACCUCCGGGGAAUCCAUGGCAGAUCCCUUUCUUUUUCUCUUCAUUGCAAUCGUUUUGCCUCCCUCCUUUCUAUCUCCAGUCGCAUAGCAGUUGUGACUCAUUCGCUGCUCGCCACAGUGCUAACCUUGGAGAUUCCGAGACAAUAAUUCAGCACUGCAGAUAAAAAAGCACAAGGCCGUGCAUGUGAGUUGACCAUGUCCCUCAAAACGGAUCUGGACUAAUUCUAGUUAUGGAAUCAGUUGCCUUUUGCUCCUCGAGACAGCGACGAUUUUAGGGCGAGAAAGGUUGACAUUGUAGAUCUCUUGAGUCUCAGCUGGAGUGCGGAGAUUCCAGUUCCAGAAACUCAAGGUUCUCAAGCAACCUCUACCGCAAGGAUUCGACUAUGUCAACCUCCAGGGCCAGAGUGUCCCUGAGCUCAGACUAUCGUCACAAGGACUGUCGUGAUCCUGAUUUCUCUCCACCAGCUUACUUCUUCUACGGAAUCUCAAAGCUAGCCUGAGGACUUUGUUGAUGAAUUAACUGGAAAAGCUCUUGAUUGGCUCAUGUGCAUGUUCCCAAUAUGAAUAUGAAUCUCAAUCGUAGUAGCAAGUGGAGGAGCUUCAUGUGAGAUCUUCAGUCUCUGGAAGUGGAUUCUCUGCAGU